UUUUCUUCAAUUGAAGAUUGAAAUCUGAUGGCUUGCAUUACCAAAGAAGGCCUACAUUUGAAAUAAACUGGAAGGAGAUCCAAAUAUUAUGGAGAGGGCUUGCAAUACUGAUCUUGAAGAUUGAAAUCCAUUAUUAUCUGAUCUGGUAAAUGUACAGAGAUGUGUGUACAUUAGCCCACCAGAUCAAAUCCAUAUACAGAGCCAUAAACUCAAGAAUCCAACAAGAUCCCCAACCUCCAUUAAUCUUAUGUCGCUUCUCCUAUAUAUCUACAUGUCCCAUGCCAUCCCAACAUCGCUCAUGGAUGGCCUCCUAAUCUCAAUUCAAACUCACAUCACUCCGUAAUAAUAAGGGAAACGGCCUAGCUUCUUCUCCAAAAAUCUCCCCUUCUCCCAAUCAUUGAUCCUCGUUUUUCAGAUAUACCUGCCGAUUCUUGAAGCAAAAUGUAAAAACGAAAAGCAAAAACAAAAAUCUCGUAUGGUUCUUGAAAGUUGAUUUCGCGCACAAUACGUCAAGUUGCAGUUGAUCAUUUCUUUGUUUGUUUUUCUGAAUCGGUGAAUUUCAGUCUGAUUAGGAAAAAUUGAGAAUAUUGUACGGCUUUUCUUGAGAAGUAAUUGAAAGGCGUUCGCAUUAUAGUCAGGGAUUUGUUUGUUAUUGAAGGGGGUGAGAGAAAUGGAGAAGAAGAAAGUUGUGGUACCAUUAGUUUGCCAUGGCCAUUCGCGUCCUGUGGUUGAUUUGUUCUAUAGUCCAGUAACCCCUGAUGGGAUCUUCCUCAUCAGUGCCAGCAAGGAUUCAAAGCCAAUGCUCAGAAAUGGCGAGACUGGAGAUUGGAUCGGGACAUUCGAAGGGCACAAAGGUGCAGUGUGGAGUUGCUGCUUGGAUAGGAAUGCUUUGCGUGCUGCAUCUGGUUCUGCUGACUUUUCUGCAAAAAUUUGGGAUGCAUUGACAGGGGAUGAACUGCACUCAUUUGAGCACAAGCACAUUGUCCGAACUUGUGAUUUCUCUGAGGAUACUAAUUUUCUACUAACGGGGGGAGUUGAGAAAAUCCUACGUAUAUAUGAUUUGAACCGUCCAGAUGCACCUCCUAGAGAAGUGGCUAAGUGUCCAGGCUCAGUGAGAACGGUUUCAUGGCUCCACAGUGAUCAAACCAUAUUAAGUUCUUGCAGUGAUAUGGGAGGUGUUAGGUUAUGGGAUGUAAGAACUGGUGGAAUAGCCCGCACGCUAGAGACAAAAUCACCUGUUACCAGUGCUGAAGUGAGUCAAGAUGGCCGCUAUAUAACUACUGCUGAUGGGUCCAGUGUCAAGUUUUGGGAUGCAAAUCACUUUGGAUUGGUGAAGAGUUACAACAUGCCAUGUACUAUAGAGUCUGCUACUCUGGAACCAAAAUAUGGAUUCAAAUUUGUUGCUGGGGGAGAAGAUAUGUGGGUCCGUGUUUUUGAUUUUAAUACCGGUGAAGAACUCGCGUGUAACAAGGGUCACCAUGGUCCGGUCCAUUGUGUGCGAUUUGCACCAACAGGGGAAUCAUAUUCCUCGGGAUCUGAAGAUGGGACCAUCCGAAUAUGGCAGACGGGUCCAUUAACGAAUGAUGAUGCUGAUGGUAUCACAAUGACAAAUGGAAAACCAAAGGACUCUGCAGAAGAGGUCACGCACAAAAUUGAAGGCUUCCACAUUGCGGAUGAGAGGGAGGAGGAGGUUACAGGGAAUCCUUAAUAUAGACUGUAAAACUGGAACUUUUGCAUAUUGGACGCUUGCUGAACCAACUCAACCAUUUAAACAUUCAUAUCAGAUCAUAUAUGUAGAAAAGAAAGGAAAAGAAAAUUGCUCCUUUUGAACUUAAUGAAGCAAGUUUUUGUGUGGCAUGUAUAAUUUCCAUAUGGAUAUCAGGGUAUACCAACCCCUUUUUGUACUGAUUUUGUAUUUUUUUAAUGAUGUCAUAGUGUUCGCAAGACUUGUUCGUCUGGGUAAACUAAGACUGGUCAGGAUUUUCUGGAAG